AAAUUAACAUUCAAUAUUCGCUAUUUGACGAUUGUAUAGAGUACGAUGAGAUUCCUCUUUGCAUUAAAUGUUUUGGUUCUGUGUGUAGGAUUAGGUGCCGCUUGCACAUGUGUUGAUAUACCAACGAACGGAUGUGAUUCACAAUAUUCUAUCCUGGGACAAGUAUUAAGACGACAAGUCCUUGAACCUGGAGAAAAUGGUAGGAGUGUUUACAUAGUUAGAGUGUUACAAAUCUAUAAGGCUGAGAGACGCCUUCCCUACGUUUGGCCUGGCAUUGUACGGAUACGGGCAUACCACGGAAGUGCAACCUGUGGCGUUAUCUUAACAAGAGGACGACUCUACGUCAUAUCUGGAACUUAUCAAGACUCUUCUUUGGAAACCAACUCCUGUGCAUACGUCAGACAAUGGAAUGAAAUUCCUUUUUCACAAAGAUGGGAUCUCUUUUGUAGACGUCUUUGAGUAAAUCCUUCAAUUAACA